AUGGCUCAGCAUCCUAUGUAUGCUCCAGCGGGAAACUCUCCCGUCAUUCAUCGACCAAGGGCGCCUUCGGCACCUCGAGCCUACCCCAGGGACAACCGCCAGCUCGUACCACUGGGAACCAUAGAUUUUGAAGCACGCGCUCAGUACCAUGGAUUUUCAUCCCCUAUGGAUAGCCACGGCCACAUGAUUCCUCAGCCCACUGGAAGAGUGUCCUACCCUCCGGCUGGACAGCCAAUUACCCCGGUCCCAAUGUACUCUGACUGGAACCCAUCCCCACACAUGUCGCACGAGCCACUGCGUCAUGAUAUUAGGCCACUAAAUCCCUCGGAGAGCCCGGAAUAUAUUGUGGAGAGAAACAGCCGUCGAGCCUCGGAUGCCAGCCGUGGAGGAACCCAGUACAUUUCCCAGAGACGGUCCUCAAACCGGGAUGAAUUUGAUGGCCCGCACCAAAUCCUGGAUGCGCCUUCCUCUCGGAACCUCCCAGCCCGGGAGGAGGAGCUGCCCCAGCUCCCUACUAAUCUCGAUGCCGCAGAACAAGACAGAAUCUUACACGAAGUCAACGACCGCCUGUCUCAGUGCGCGUUUGACUUCUUUGCGAGAUAUCAGUUCCCUAUUCCCAUAGAACAGGACAAGAGGCGGGUUCAGGUCCCCUCGGACCGGGAGUGGAAUGAAUGGGUGCACCUGCUGAAGAGGCUGGCCACUCGUCGGCGCAUUCCCCGCCAUGCCCUGCACAAUGGCCAAAUCAAGCAGCUCAUUACUGUGCUGGAAAACUCCCUGGAGAUGCGCCACGCUGCCAAGCACAGCUCUCGACCCGUCAAGGAUGACCGUAAUGUGCUGCAGCUCAUCUCGGCUGGUACGCAGGUUGCCAAAAUUCUCAAGGACUCUAGCGCUAUGCAGUUCUUCGAUUGUCUUUAUGUUGACACGGAGAAACUGAUUAGCGAACGCCGCCGCCGGGUGAGAUUCGCGGACCACUGA